AGCAGCUGAUCGACGUUCAACAGGUCGAUGAGCUUACGCAGUGCAGUCAUUUAUGUUUACAACUCAUGUUUCUGUACAGCUUCCGUUUGAAGAGGUUUGAUCUAGCAGUCGUGCAUGUCUUUAUUGUGGGCGGAAUGUUUUUUUUCAAGCGUCAUGUCGUCUGGGUUUUGUGAAACGAGGCCAAUUUGUACUUACUGUAUGUAGUGGUUUACUACGAAAACUAUAUUACGCAAUCGGUGAGACGGUCUCGAGGUGUGUUUAAGACUGAAGGUAGAUCGACAGUAAGUUUGACCAGAGCAAGGAGUCUGAGUAGCCAGUCAUAGAUCGCCAGCCCGCAAGGAUCAUAUCCCGUUUUCGCAACUUUCUUCUUAAAUAAGAGAUCAUACAGAAAGGAAAACAUGGCUACAGUCAGAGUGGUGCAUCGGCAGCGAGCCCUGUGGAGGCAGUGCCAUAGGACUACUGCUAUUGGCAUCUGUCAUCUCCACACCACCACCAGCAGCAGCAGCAGCAGCCAUGCCUCCUCCUCCAAAGAGCAUUACAAGGUCCUAGUGCUGGGAGGAGGAAGUGGUGGCAUCACAAUGAGUGCUCGGAUGAAGAGGAAGCUAGGGGCGGAGAACGUGGCCAUAGUGGAACCCAGUGAGAUGCACUACUAUCAGCCCAUCUGGACAUUGGUUGGCGCUGGGGCUAAAGGUGUGGCCUCUUCCGGUCGACCAACCGCCAGUGUUGUGCCGUCUGGUGUCAAGUGGGUUAGAUCCAAGGUUCAGGAGAUCAACCCAGACACAAACACUGUGCGCACAGGAAAUGGCAUGGAGAUCUCCUACCAAUAUCUGAUAGUGGCUUUAGGUUUACAGCUACACUAUGAAAAGAUCAAGGGUCUGCCUGAGAUUGAAGAUUGGGUCAAAUUUAAGAUUGGUUCAAACUAUUCUGUACAAACUGUGGAGAAGACUUGGAGUGCACUGCAGAACUUCAAGGAGGGAAAUGCUGUAUUCUCUUUCCCCAACACUCCGGUGAAGUGUGCAGGAGCACCACAGAAGAUCAUGUACCUGACCGAUGCUUAUCUCAGGAAGACAGGAAAAAGGGCUAAGGCCAACGUUGUGUACAACACAUCACUGCCAGUGCUGUUUGGGGUCAAGAAAUAUGCAGAUGCAUUGUGGGAGAUUGUGAAGAGUCGCGACAUCCAGGUGAAUCUCAGACAAAAUCUCAUCGAGGUCCGAGCCGACAAGCAGGAAGCUGUGUUUGAAAACCUCGACAAUCCUGGAGAAACCAAAGUGUUUGAGUAUGAGAUGCUUCAUGUCACUCCUCCGAUGGGACCCAACCCGGUGGUUAAAGGAUCCUUAUUGGCUGAUGAGGCUGGCUGGCUGGACGUCAACAAAGAGACCCUUCAACAUAACAAGUAUCCCAACGUGUUCGGGAUCGGAGACUGCACCAAUCUGCCGACAUCCAAGACGGCUGCUGCCGUGGCUGCCCAGUCUAGUAUUCUGGACAGAACCAUUUCAAAAGUGUUGAAGAAUGAAAAGCCGGAUAGUAAGUAUGAUGGCUACACAUCCUGCCCUUUGGUGACGAACUACAAUGCCGUCAUCCUGGCUGAGUUUGACUAUAGUGGGCAGCCAUUGGAGACAUUCCCUAUUGACCAAAGCAAGGAGAGAUGGACCAUGUACCACAUGAAAGCUGACGUGAUGCCUCAUCUGUACUGGCAUGGACUUCUCAAGGGGUUUUGGGGUGGGCCAGGACCAUACAGGAAAAUCAUGCACCUUGGGAUGAAAUAGAAGCUUAUACAACCAAUUCAGCUGUUUCACUGUUACAAUGUAAUCCACUUUUUCUCUGAUCUUUGAUUCCCAGAUAGGGUUGCAAAAUUCCUGUGACUUUCCCAAAAUUCCAAGGAUUUCUGGAAAACCUGGUAGUUUUUGGAACGUUCCUAGAAUGUUACAACACUAUUCCCAGACCACUAUUUCUAUAACCAUCAUUUCAUAAUACAAUUAAGCAAGGUAUUGAAAAUACCAUUAGAUUAUUUAUUUAUAUAUAUAUAUAAUAUCCAUAAAACCUCUAGUAAUACUGUCAGUGCUUAAUUUGAGCCAGAUCACCUAUUUUCUGGGAUCUGGUACCUGAUGCGGCAUUAUUUAUUAAUUGUUUCACUGUUCGCACUAUAAACAUUCUAAUAAAAGCUAUCACAGUCCAA